AUGACGGCUGACUCGUACGGUGGUGGGGUGUGUCCUGGGGGAGGGAGGGAGGAGGAAGAGAUAAAUGAAGGGUAUGACUCACAGAGAGCUCAGCAGCUUCUCUUCUCUCUGAUGAUGGAAGAAGUUGAACUCUGCUUUCCACAACUCAACACCUCCUGCAGGAGGCUGGAGCGUCCUCAGUCUGAGACUCUGCUCAUUAACAUCCUGCUGUUCUUCAUCUCUGUGCUCACUGCUGCUCUCAACCUGCUUGUCAUCAUCUCCAUCUCCCACUUCAGGAAGCUGCACUCCACUACCAACCUCCUCCUCCUCUCUCUGGCAGUCUCAGACUUCUUCGUGGGCCUCCUGAUGUUCUUCCAGAUCCCGCUCAUAGAUGGCUGCUGGCCGCUGGGUGACGUUGUUUGCAUCCUGUAUCAGUACGUGGCCUACAUCAUCACCUCCGCUUCGGUGGGAAACAUGGUGCUCAUAUCAGUCGACCGCUACGUGGCUAUCUGUACACCGCUGCAUUACAGCGUGAGAGUGACCAAGAGCAGAGUUAAAGUGUGUGUGUUUCUGUGCUGGAGCUGCUCCGUGCUCUGUCAGACCGCCAUGCUGAAGGACAACCUGGUGCAGCCGGGCAGGUAUCAUUCCUGCUCUGGUCAGUGUGUCACCGUCAUCACCUACAUCGCAGGAAUCGCCGAUGUCAUUCUGACCUUUAUCGGGCCCAUCACCGUCAUCGUGGUUCUGUAUAUGAGGGUGUUUGUGGUGGCGGCGUCUCAGGCUCGCGCCACACGCUCUCACAUUGCAGCCGUCCAGUGCUCAGUGACCGUAACCGCCAAGAAGUCUGAGCUGAAAGCAGCCAGAAACCUGGGUGUUAUCGUAGUUGCCUUCCUGGUGUGUCUUUGUCCGUUUUGCUUUAUCACCAUCACAGGGCAGGACACGGUGCUCGACACGUCCUCUGUGGCCUUUGUGAUUUGUCUGUUCUACUUUAACUCCUGUCUGAAUCCGCUGAUCUACGCCUUCUUGUACCCCUGGUUUAGAAAAGCUAUCAGACUCAUUGUGACUCUUCAGAUCCUUCAGGCCAACUCCAGCCAGGCCAACGUGCUAUAG